AUGGAGAGCCAAUACGCUAGUUUGAUCUCGGGAAAAAGCCUGCUCACAUUUUCCCUGCUCUUCGCGACCACGGUCUACCUUCUUCACCGGCACCUGUCGAAGUUUCAGAGGAUUCUACCCGAAAAUAUACCGUGGGUGGGAUACAGCAAACUCGGAAAGCCCUUCUUGGCCACACAGAUCACCUGGAAGCCCGAGGUCAUCAUCCCGCCAGAGCACGUCCAAUGGAUGGUCAACCAACCCGACAGCGUCUUCUCCAUCCACAAAGUGCUGAUCGACGACCUGCGCUUCGACUACACGGCGCCGCGCGCCUGGGACUUCCACCGGCCCUUCCACGUCGAAGCGCUCAACAAGAUGAACCUCGACGCCAUGACCGACGACAUGCUCGACGAAAUCGACUACCGCACCGGCCUCGCCUUCGGCUCCGUCCCUGGCGAAUACCACACCGCGCCCCUCCACGCCUCCAUCUUCGCCAUCCUCCUCGCCGUCACCAACCGCGCCUUCGCCGGCAAGACCCUCGCCCGCUCCGCCGACUACACCGACAUCGUCGGCUCCUUCACGCGGCAGCUGCCCGUCACCGCCGGCCUCAUCGACGCCCUCUGCCCGACCCUCCUCAAGCCGCUCUUCGCGCCGCUCCUCGCCCGCCCCAUCCGCCGCCUCAUCGCCCGCUACGAAGCGCACAUGCUGCCGACCAUAACCGCGCGCCUGGCCGCCGCCGAGCAGGCCCGGGCAGAAGGCCACCUGCACGAGGAGACGCGCAACCCAGACAUCGUGCAGCUGAUGGCGCGCUGCGCCGCGCGCUCGCCGGACCUGGCGCGCGACCACGACCCGCGCAACCUGGCCAGCCGCCUGCUCGCGCUCAACUUCGUCGGCGUGCACACGUCCGUCCUGACCGCCGUCGCGGCCUUCGCCGACAUUCUCGCCGCCGGGCCGGAGCUGUGGGCGGCGCUGCGCAAAGAGGCGGCGCAGGUGCUGCACGAUGCGGGCGGUGCGUGGAGCAGGGUCGCGGUGGGGCGGCUGGCGCUGCUGGAUAGCGUCAUCCGCGAGAGCAUGCGCGUGUCGCCGUUCAAGGCGCGUGGCGUGGAGCGCGAGGUCGUGGCGGAGGGUGGUGUGCGGUUGCCGGAUGGCACGUUUUUGCCGCGCGGGACGAAGGUGGGGGCCGCGACGGUGGGGGUGCAUGGGGAUGAGAGGUUUUAUGAGAGGCCGCGGGAGUUUGUGCCGGAGCGGUUUGUGGGGAAGGCGGAGGAGGGGUUGGUGAAUACGACGGAUACGUUUUUGGGGUUUGGGCAUGGGAAGCAUGCUUGUCCUGGUCGCUUCUUCUCCGCGCAUGAGCUGAAGUUGCUGUUUGCGCAUUUGGUGCUGAAUUACGAUUUUGAACCUAUGGGAGAGAAGCCGCGGGGAAAGUGGAUUACAGACUUCUACGUGCUUGAGUCGCCAUCGAUGUUGAAGGCGCGAAGGAGGGAGAAGAGUGCUCACUUGGAUUGA